AUGGCUAGCUCUCAACCCAGCUCCCUCACAACCCAGCUCCCUCGCUCCCUCACUCUCACUCAACUCUCUUCCAAUCGAUCCAUCCACCGGUGCAGCUCGCCCAAAGCACCGGCGAUGGAGACGGCAAUGGAGGCCGGCGAUGACCCUGCGUUCGUCGCGGAGGGCACCGUCACCAGCAUCAGGCUCGCCGUCGCCUCAAACCAGGAGAUCGUGAAGGCGCAGCCGAUGAAGGAGGAGUUCCCGGUGACACACCCAAGCCAGCUGGCCGGGAACCCGGCGCUGGGCCUGCCGCUGCAGCUCGGCCACUGCGACUCCUGCGGCGCCACCGACCUCGCCAAGUGUGAAGGUCAUUUCGGGUUCAUCAAGCUGCCCGUGUCCGUCUACCACCCAAGCCAUAUCACCGAGCUGACGAAGAUACUCAACAUGAUCUGCUUCAGCUGCCUCCAGUUCAAGAACUGCAAGAAACAGAAAAGUGUGGAAAAGGAGAGCAACUUCACCUCAUGUUCAUACUGUCAGGAUCUCCCACCAAUCCAUGUUGCAAAAGUCAAGAAAUCCAAUGGAGCCCUUACCUUGGAGCUGAGAGUGCCAUCCAGGAAAGAACUGGAAGAGGGAUUUUGGAGCUUCCUCGAUCAAUUUGGCUUUCACACGAAGGGCAGCUCUCACUGCCGUCGUUUAUUCGCAGAAGAGGUUCGGAAAAUAAUGGAGAAGAUCUCUGAAAAAACAAGAAGGCAGAUUGCUGCUAAGGGAUAUAUUCUUCAGGAUGGAUUUGUGAUGAGCAAUCUCCCUGUUCCACCAAACUGCCUCCGCGCUUACAAUGUUUUAGAUGAAACAAUCAUGUGCUCUCCGGAUGCCUCCACAAACCUGCUGAGGAAAAUCGUACUCAACGUACAUAGAAUCAACAACUCAAGGGUUGGCCCCCCAACCUUCAAAGAACAUGAGGUGGAAGCAGAUGAUCUUCAGCUUGCCAUUGCUGACUACAUCAAGCAUGCAGGAACAGCAAGGGGUCCUCAAGAUAUCACCUUUAAAAGUCUGCCUGCAACAAAACAAUGGCAGCAAAAGAUGAAGGCACUCUGCAUCAGCAAGAGCUCAAGCUUCUCAUGCCGUGGUGUGAUCACGGGUGACCCAUACAUUCCUAUGAAUGUGGUAGGAGUUCCUGAUGAAGUAGCAAGACGAAUGUCGGUAGAAGAGCGUGUGACAGACUACAACAUUGCUCAGCUGCAAGGCAUGAUGGAUAGAGGUCUUUGCCUGACACAUGAAGAUGCUAAUUCUAUCACGCACUCCUUGGAUGUGGGGAAAGCAAAUAAGAAACGGACCAUACUAAAGGUUGGUGAAACGGUCAACCGGAGAAUUCUGGAUGGAGAUGCGGUAUUUGUCAACAGGCCACCAAGCACCGACAAGCACUCAGUCCAAGCAAUGUAUGUCCGUGUACAUACUGACCACACCAUCAAGAUCAACCCACUCAUAUGUGGCCCACUUGGAGCAGAUUUUGAUGGCGACUGUGUCCACAUUUUCUUCCCAAGGUCAGUGUCAGCAAGGGCUGAAGCUAUAGAGCUCUUCACGGUGGAGAAGCAGCUGGUCAGCUCUCACAAUGCAAAGCUGAAUUUUCAGCUCAAGAAUGAUUGCUUACUAGCUUUAAAGAAAAUGUCUGCUAGAAAGUAUUCCAGAAUGGAGGCCAAUGAACUUAUAAAUGCAAUGUUCACGGCAGGGUUGAUUCCCAUGAAGCGACUAUCAGGUGGACCAGAGUGGAGUUUCGCUCAGAUUCUAGAGACAGUACUACCACAGGAAAAUAAAAUAUUAAUCAGAGACUUGGUUGCUGGCACUAUUACCAUCUCAUCAGUUCUGUCCAUGAAGAAUCCAAGGGAGGCCAUAGAAUUUCUGAAUCUUCUGCAGCCCCUACUAAUGGAAUCAUUAUUUACUGAUGGUUUCAGCGUAAGCCUGAGAGACUUCAAUGUCCAGAAUCCAAUACCACAGACAAUACAGCAUCAGACACUUGAUCUUGACAAGUUACGGAAACCAAUUGUGGACUUCAUUACUUCUUCUGACAUUCGCUUCUUGGUUGACCAAAAGAGAGAUUCAGCCAUGACCAAAGUAGUGGAGCAGAUUGGUUUCUUGGGACAUCAGCUGCAGCGCAACGGAAGAUUAUAUUCUGGCAGCUUGGUAGAGGAUUGCGUAUCCAAGUCGCUAAGCAAGUGCGGCAGCAGCACCAAUGGUUGCCAUCCUUUGGAGGCACAUGGUUUUGUCAGGAACUCAUUUUGCAAUGGACUGAACCCAUAUGAGGACCUACUCCAUUCAAUAUCUGCAAGGGAGAAGACAAUACGCGCAUCUAAAGGACUUGUGGAGCCGGGCGUUCUCUUCAAGAACAUGAUGGCAAUGCUCCGAGAUGUUGUAGCAUGCUAUGAUGGAACCAUAAGAAACUCGUGCGGAAAUUCAGUUGUCAAGUUUGACUCGACAGACUCAUCCAGUUCUGUGACACCAGGAGAUCCCGUUGGUAUCUUGGCAGCCACUGCAGUUACGAAUGCUGCAUACAAGGCAGUGUUAGACCCAAAUCAGAAUAACAUGGCCUCAUGGGACUCAAUGAAGGAAGUACUACUUACAAGAGCUGGCUCUAGGAAUGAAAAUGACCAAAAAAUAAUUUUGUAUCUGAACAAAUGCUCCUGCGGCAAUAAUUUUUGCAUGGAAAGAGCAUCGCUCGCAGUUCAAGCCUGCUUAAAGAGGACCAAAGUAGAAGACUGUGCUACUGAGUUCUCAAUCCAUUAUCAACAACAAAAUAUUCAAGCAACACAUUGUCUUGUUGGCCACAUUCACCUUGACAAGAAGCAACUGGAUGAAAUGAACAUAAGUAUGCAAGGUAUUCUUCAGAAAUGCCAGGAAGAAAUAUAUAGAUGCGGAAAGAAGAAGGGGCAGGUGAAUCAACUUAUGAAGAGAGUUGUGAUCUCAAGCGAAUAUAUGUGCUACCAGGAUGCAGAUGACGAAGAACAGGUCUCCUGUUUGCAGUUUUUCCUGACAAAAAGUGUCACCACACAAUCUGAAUCUUCUGCGCGAGUUGUCCAGUUGAUGGCCAAUACCAUUUCUCCUAUACUCCUGGACACAAUCAUAAAAGGUGAUCCACGAGUUCAGGAGGUGAACAUAAUAUGGGUUGAACCACAAGACACGUGUUGGGUCCAGAACUCCGGUACAGAGCAGAAGGGCGAACUGGCGCUGGUAAUCACAAUGGAUAAAGACUCAACUGGGGAGAGUGGUGAUGUCUGGGGAACAGCAAUGGAUGCAUGCAUCCCUGUGAUGGAUCUGAUCGACACUACCAGGUCUGUGCCCUACAGCAUCCAAGGAGUUCGGGAAGGGUUUGGAAUUUCCUCUGCCUUUGGUCGAGUCACACAGCACCUUUCCAAGGCAGUUGGAAUGGUUACAAAAUCAGUUCUUGAAGAACACCUGACUACUGUUGCAAGCAGCAUGACCUGCACAGGUAACUUGCAUGGCUUCAACAGCUAUGGUUACAAGGCCACAUUCAAGGCCCUCAAGAUACAGGCACCCUUCAUGAAGGCUACACUCGCUAGGCCAUUGCAAUGCUUCGAGGAGGGUGCAGAGAAGGUCUAUUCUGAUCAGUUGGAUAGUGUUGUGUCUACCUGCUCUUGGGGCAAUCCUGCACCAAUUGGGACCGGUUCAGCCUUCAAAAUCCACUGGAAUGAUGAGAACAUGUUAGCAGGCAAUGAGAACCUUGGAGGGUAUGGUUUAUAUGAAUUCCUCACAGACGUAGAAACAACAAGAGCCACUGAAGAUAAUAUAAUUGUUCCAUACGGUUCCUGCUUGUAUGAUGUUGACAACCUUGAAGAAGAUGAAAUCGAAGAGGAUGGAGUCUUAUGUUUGGGAGGAAACAGUCCAAUCUCUUGGACAGACAGGCCAAAAGCAAAUCUCCUGUUGCAUGAUCUUCAAGGUUGGAGGGCUGAACAAGGGCACCAAAAGGUGCCAGCUGCAAAUUGGCAACAUGGUAAACAUGUCGCCACAGAGUCAAGUGCCACUGGUGGAUGGAACCAGAGCAGUUCUACCACGAAAGUUUAUCAGAGAAGGCAACGUAAUAGUAAUUGGAGCUCAGAUGUAAUGCAACAAGAUGGUAACCCAAGUUGGAACAAAGCAUAUGUGGCAGGCCCGAGCAACACUGCCAUUACAGGGCCAACAAGUGGCACUAGUGGAUGGAAUCAGAGCAGAUCUACCACGAAAGUGUAUCAGAGAAGGCAGCGAGAUGGUAAUUGGACCUCAGAUGCAACACAAGAAGAUGGUAACCCAAGUUGGAAGAAAGCAAAUGUGGCAAGCCAGGGCAACUUUGCCAUUACAGGUCCAUCUAGCUCUGGUGGAUGGAGUAGAAAGACCAAUAAUGUUGGUAGAGGUCGAGGUGGUGGUAGAGGUGCAGUGUGGAAAUCAGAGGGAUCACACCGUGGAGGUAACAGUAGGUGGAAAGCCCAAAGAGUCAAUACCACAAGCGCCCCGAACUUCCACAUUUCAGGACCAUCCAACUAUGGUGGACGGAACAUCAAGACCGGCAAUCUUGGCCCAAGCCGUGGCAGAGGACCAGCAUGGAGAUCAAAGGGACCAAACCAGGGAGGUAGCAAUAGUGGACAACAAGGGAGUUCAAACUUUACACUAGCGGAACAGCAGAUCCAUGCACAAGUUGAUCCAAUCAUGAAAGAAGUAAAGAGGAUCAUCCGUGAAUCAAGGGAUGGCAUCAAGCUUUCUGGAGAUGAUGAGAAGUUCAUUGUUGAAAAUAUUCUCAUGUACCACCCAGAGAAGGAAAAGAAGAUGGCAGGGAAUAACAAUUACAUAAUGGUUGCUAAGCAUCAAAAGUUCCAUAGCUCCAGGUGCUUGUACGUCGCAUCCUCAGAUGGCCCUCCUACAGAUUUCUCCUACAAGAAGUGCCUAGAGAACAUGAUCAGGAUUCACUACCCACAUGAAGCAAGUUCAUUCUGCAGAAAGUACUUCCAGUGA